AUGACCAAGCCGCGCGCCACCCCCGGGACACCCCCGACCGGCGGCGGCGCGGCUCCCCGCGAUUUCCAGGACCACCUUCGCGCCUCGCCGUCGCCAACCUCCCCGCCCCUCGCCCAGACGCUCAAGGACGUCGGAGACGUCAACGACGAGAGGGUCGUGCUCCUCCCGGUGGACGGCGGCCGCGGCAUCGAGACGGACGCGGUGCUCAAGUGGUGCUGCGACAACCUCUACAGGGACGGCGACACGUUCUUGCUGCUUCACGUGGUGCCUCGGUCGGGAUGGAGACGACGCGCGCGCGAGGACGCGCUCGGGUACGAACCCUCGGAGGCGAACGCCGCGGACGACGAGGCCGCCGCCGUGUGGCUGGACGAGGCCGAGGCGCGCAUGCGACGCGAGUACCUCCCGCGCCUUCUCGAGUUUGGACUCCCGGAGGACGUCGCGUGCUUCGAGGUCGCCGCGUACGACACCGCAUGCGCCAAGGUUGGCGAGCUCGUCUGCGAGGUGGCCGCCGCGACGAACGCCGCGUGCGUCGCGAUGGCCCGCCACGGCAAGGGAACGCUGCGGGAGCUGGUCACCGGCUCGGUGACAAACUACUGCGUCCACCACUGCGGAUCGCCGGUGGUGGUGAUCAACGUCGCCGCGGAGCUGAGCGCGAGGGAUGCGGCGGUGGGGGACAGGGAGUGCGCCGAGUUUGCGUGGGUGCCGUGA